AUGAUCCUUAACUCGGGCAUUUUGAACGGAAAAAGUCCACUGGAGAAAAUAAAAGGCGAAGUAGAGGUUGAAGAUUUCUCAUUUGCGGAGAACAUCUACCUUAGUUCGGUGGACUUUAAUCUGCAGAUUAAGGCGGCGAUUGAAACACAGAAACCAGAUUUAAUCAUCCUCGACCACUUUUACGUUCCACCGGCGAUUCAAGAGGCAAACAUUCCCUGGCUUCUGCAGUUCAGUAGCAAUCCGCUGGCAAUACUAAACUCAACCGAUCUUCCGCCCUGUACCUCUGGCUAUCCGACCACCAAAGAAGGACCCGAAGAUGAAAAGCUUUGGGCAGAGUUUAGGCGCUACCAGGAUCUCAGUAGAGACGCCUUUAUCAAAUACCAACGGAAGCUGUAUGACCAUUUUGGAUAUCAAGUAAAUGAGGCGGAGGAUAUGCCGCUUCCAGGAGGGUUUUUCCCUCAGUGCAAGUACGGCUACAUUUACGGUUAUCCGGCUGAACUCGACUACGACGACCUAAUGGACAUUUCCGAGCACUUUAUCCGCAUGGACACUUUUUGUCGAGACGAGGAUUCUUUGUCUACGACCUUUAAGUUGCCUGAAGGUUUUGCCAAUGAAAGUAACAAGCUGAUCUAUUUCAGCCUAGGAAGUAUGGGCAGUGCUGACGUGGAGCUGGUGAAGCGAGUCACCUCAAUCCUCUCUUCGAAAACGCCCUACAAGACGAUCGUCUCUAAGGGACCACUGGCUGAUGAGUAUGAAUUGCCAGAAAAUUGCUGGGGUGAAGAGUAUCUUCCUCAGACUCAAAUUCUACCUCUCGUUGAUCUGGUGAUCACUCACGGUGGAAACAAUACCGUCACAGAGACCUUCAGUUUUGGCAAACCAAUGAUUAUCAUGCCUCUCUUUGGGGACCAAUACGACAACGCUCAACGACUGACAGAAAAAGGUUUUGGACGUCGCCUGGAAACGUACAAGUUCAAGGAUCAGGAGUUGGUGGACGCAGUGGAGGCACUGAUCAAUGACCGACAGCUCAAGGAAAAGUUAGAAGCAGCUGCCAAACGGAUUGCCACUGCCGGCAGCAAAGAGAAGGCCUGCAUAAAAAUUGAAGCUGUUGUAGAACAAUUUAGAACAUCGGUAUAG